AUGGCACUGAACGCAGCUUCACACAAUCCUACCGGCGAGAAGACUGGUCCAGUCUCCGGCCAACCACCUCCACCCUCAGAUGACACGAAGAAUGCCGUGCUGGAGGCAGCCAAUGGUGAUCUGAAAGGCCACAACGCGCCCGGACAGGAUGGCGGCGAUAAGAAAGGAGAGACGAAGCAGAAGUCUGAGAAGGAGCUUGCAAAAGAGAAAGCAAAGGCCGAGAAGAUAGCGAAGCUCGCAGCGAAGCAGGAGAAGCAGAAGGCUAUGGCAGCUGCGUCACAACCCAAGCAGAAAGAGAAGAAACAACAGCAAAAACUGGCACCGUAUGUGGAGGAAACAACGAAGGGCGAGAAGAAGAUUCUCAAGCCUUUAGACGACGAAUACCACAAGGCCUACAUCCCGUCUGUGGUGGAGAGCGCAUGGUAUGACUGGUGGGAGAGGGAAGGCUUCCACUUGCCUGAGUUCCAGGAGAACGGCGAGGUCAAGCCGAAGGGGUCAUAUGUCAUCUCAAUACCACCACCAAACGUCACUGGUGCAUUGCAUAUCGGCCACGCUCUUGCGACCUCUUUACAGGAUGCGCUGAUACGGUGGAAUCGGAUGAAGGGACUGACUGUGCUGUAUGUGCCGGGCUGCGAUCAUGCCGGUAUUUCGACGCAGAGUGUGGUGGAGAACAUGCUCUACAACAGGAGGAAUGGCCUGACAAGACAUGACCUUGGUCGCGAGAAGUUCGUUGAAACUGUCUGGGAGUGGAAGGAGGAGUAUCACAUGAAGAUCAACAAAGUCAUGAAGCGUCUAGGUGGCUCAAUGGAUUGGACAAGGGAGGCUUUCACCAUGAGUCCGAUUCUGUCCGCAGCUGUCCGCAAGACGUUCGUUCAGUUACACGACGAAGGCCUCAUCUACCGAGCGAACCGACUUGUGAACUGGUGCACGAAGCUGAACACCGCCUUGUCAAAUCUGGAGGUGGAUCAGAAGGACCUCGAAGGCGCGACCAAGCUGGACGUACCUGGAUAUGACAAGAAGAUCGAGUUUGGCUGCAUCUGGAACUUCAAGUAUCCCAUCGACGGUACGAACGAGACGAUCGAGGUGGCGACCACGCGGCCGGAGACCAUGCUGGGCGAUUCUGGCGUCGCCGUACACCCUUCCGACGAGCGUUACAAGCACCUGAUCGGCAAGCAUGUCAAGCACCCGUUCGUUGAUCGGUUACUACCAAUCUUCGGCGACGAGACUGUGGAGAAGGACUUCGGUACCGGUGCUGUGAAGAUCACACCUGCCCACGACUUCAACGAUUUCAAGCGAGGCAAGGAGCACAACCUGGACUUCAUCAACAUCCUGACCGACGACGGCCUCAUGAACGCAAAUGCGGGACCCAUUUUCGAAGGCCAGAAGCGCUUCGACGUCAGAUAUAGCGUGAUCACCGAGCUGGAAAAGCGAGGUCUAUAUGUCGGCAAGGCGGACAACAAAAUGGCGAUCCCACUGUGCAACAAGUCCAAAGACGUGAUUGAGCCAGUGAUGAAGCCACAAUGGUGGAUGCAGAUGAAGCCGCUUGCGGGACCUGCAAUCGAUGUGGUGAAGAAUGGUCAAAUCAAGAUGAUGCCGGAAGGCACGGAGAAGACCUACAUCAGGUGGAUGGAGAAUGUCGACGAUUGGUGCUUGUCGAGGCAGCUGUGGUGGGGCCACCAAGUGCCUGCAUACUUUGUGAAGCUGCAAGACGGGCCGGAGUACGAUACGGAGGCUGGUCAUUGGGUUUGCGGUGCUACUGAGGAAGAGGCCAAAGAGAAAGCGGAGAAGAAGUUUCCUGGUAAGAAGUUUGAGCUGGAGCGGGAUCCUGACUGCCUUGAUACCUGGUUCUCAUCUGGACUUUGGCCUUUCUCGACGCUGGGCUGGCCGGAGCAGACGCACGACCUCCAGAAGCUGUACCCUACCUCCAUGCUCGAAACGGGCUGGGAUAUCCUAUUCUUCUGGGUGGCACGUAUGAUCUUCUUUGGCCUCAAGAUGACAGGACAGGUGCCCUUUACUGAAGUCUACUGCCACUCGCUCAUCCGAGAUUCUGAAGGUCGCAAGAUGUCCAAGUCUCUUGGCAACGUCAUCGACCCGGUGGACAUCAUGGAUGGUAUUACUCUGGAUGGUCUCACCGACAAGCUGAAGGUUGGAAACCUCGCGCCCAAGGAGAUUGAGCGUGCUUCGAAGUGGCAAAAGUCAGCGUUCCCAGAUGGCAUAGACGAGUGCGGUGCUGACGCUCUUCGCUUCUCGCUCAUCAAUUACACCACUGGCGGUGGCGACAUCAACUUCGACGUGAAGGUUAUGCGAUCCUACCGCAACUUCUGCAACAAGAUAUACCAGGCGACGAAGUACGUACUUGGAAACCUGCCUGCCGACUUUGUUCCACAGGAGAAAGGCGGCAAGACAGGCAAGGAGAGCUUACCCGAGCGAUGGAUCCUUCACAAGAUGACAAUCGCUGCCAAGGACGUCAACGAGGCAAUGGAGACACGUCAGUUCUCGAAUGUCACUCAGGCCCUGCACAGGUACUGGCUGUACGAGCUGUGCGAUGUUUACAUUGAGAACAGCAAGUCUAUCAUCCGGGACGGUACCGAGGAGCAGAGGAGAAGUGCAAUCGAUACCCUGUACACCGCUCUGGACUCGGCAUUGCGGAUGAUGCACCCCAUCAUGCCCUUCCUCACUGAAGAGCUGUGGCAGCGACUGCCCAGGAGACCGAAAGACACGACCAAGAGCAUUGUCAUCGCAGACUACCCGCAGUACGAAUCAAGUCUCGACGACCCUGAGAGCGAUCGUGCCUACGAACUCAUCCUCGGCUGCUCAAAGGGCGUCCGCUCCCUGAUCCAGGAGUACGGCAUCAAAGACGACGGCAAAGCUUUCGUCCAACCGCACAACGACGAAGCCUACAACACCGCGCACGCCGAACAUGCAGCCAUCAAGGCGCUCUCCGGCAAGCACCUCGCCGAACUCACCAUCCUCAACCCAGGCCAGUACCCGCCCGCCGGCUCCGCCGUCUACCCCGUCUCUUCCGCCGCCGCCGUCUUCGUCCAGAUCGGCGACAAGGUGGAGCCGGAGAAGGAGAUCCAGCGGCUCAAGCCGAAGCUCGAGGCGACCGCGAAGGGUGUCUCGGAGCAGGAGCGGGUGCUGGGGAGUUUGGGCGAGAAGGUGAGGGGGGAGGUGAGGAAGGAGGAGGAGAGGAAGUUGCAGGAGCUUUUGGAUGAGCAGAAGGUGUAUCAGCAGAGUUUGGAGAAGUUUGAGGAGAUGAAGUUGUGA